UUCCCUAUGUCCAUUUUGGAAUGCAGUUAUUUGGGACUGAAGGUGAUGAGUAUUCCCCUGGACUAGCUCUUCGAUGGCCAUAUUUGCCCUUUUUAAGUGGUUUAAUGGUAGGGUAUAUCUGUGCAAGUUUUGCUCCAAGCUUUGAGUAUAUGUUUGAGCCUUCAUUUACUGCUGUCACAAGAAAAUUUCUGUGCCUAUGCCUCUUUCAUUUCUUUUCUCAAGGUGGUCCUAGAGUCUGUGAGUUUAGAGGACUGUAGAGGAGACUGUGAUGAUUGGGAGGAAGCUGAAGUCAUUGAAAGCAGAAUAUGAUCAUGAUUCAGCCCCCAUUUCUUGGGUCAGCCCUGGCAGGUGUGAUGGAUCUGUUUGGGGCUCCCAUUGCCCUGUUGCUGACCUGCCUUUUAAUCAAGAGUCUCACUGCAGUAGAACUUGGAUUGGAAGGUCUUUUUUGCUCUUAGUCCCAGKCUUCAGAUCACAAUUCAGGUUGUGGCUGGCUUGUUUGAGAUGGAGUAAUGAAGGCUUGAGAUUCUCAUAAGGGGAAAGUGGGGAGAUGGUAUCCAGGAGAGCAAGAAUUGUUUGGAGAGAAGAUAAAUUUGAGCUAUUAGUAAUAUCAGUGCUAUAUUUGAUGCUGCCAAAGCCAUUGAUUGGCUCAAAAUUAAUGUAAGAGUGCUUUUUUUUUUGGAUUUCAUGGUAAUUCCUUCAGAGUGAAGUGAAGCAGUCCAUUGUGUGGAAAAAAAUUUCCUUCCUGAAAUAAUUACAGACUUGUAAGGAGUCAGACACAGCUCAAGUGUAGGACCACCCUUGUGGGACCCUGAAAAAUAGCCCCAGAAUUACAAAGAGCUGUGUGAUAUUAGCAUGACAUGGCAUGACAGGAUAUCUUACAUAAUAAUAAAUGUAGAAAACUGCAYAUAUAGUCUCACAACUAUAAAUGUUUUCUAAUUAUUGAAAUAAAAAACUACCUAGUUAUGCAUUUAUGGGUUUUUUGGUAUCCUUUUAUUUUGAUUUGUGCUACUAAAACCAAAGGAAACUAGUAGCUAAGCAUUCAUUUUAUGUUGAUUAAUUUCUUCUUUGUUUUAAAACUCAAGUUAAAAGAAAAGGAAUAUCAAUGAAACAUAACAACAAAUGAAAUCAUUUCGAUGUCAGACACAUCCUUGGAGACAGGGAGAGAGAGGGGUCAGCGUGAUUAUGUAAGAAAUCUUUAGUUAAGACAAAGUUCAGUAUCUAAGAGCAUCAGUGAAUUCUUCUUGCUUAGAAAUUGAUCCAUUUUGUAUCUCAGAGGAAUUGGAUUCAUUUGAACUUGUUGAUUAGAGAGUGUGUUGCAUUAGCAAAUGACACUAUUUAGUGAAGAACUGAACAAGUGCCAGGAGAAAAACCUGARAGACUUCACUUCAAAAUGUAUUUUUUUUCAUUUAUUUAAUGAAACAAAAUCUUUUCCUUGGAUUUUUUCAGUAGAAAUUCAACAGAAAAUUAGAUGCUUUAUUCAAACUAAAUCUGAUAAGGAAGUGAUUUGCUAUGGUACUGUCUCUUCUGGUAAAUUUGCUGGUGGUGACACUGAGGGAUAAAUKGAUAAAUAGGUUGGUAAGGCAACUUUUCAAAUCAGUGGAGUGUUAGGAGCGUUGAGGUUUUUUAGUAGCACUAUCAGAGGUAAUUAAAAAACUUUAAAAUUCUGCAGUUCCAAUUUUCAAAUCAGAAGAAUGAAGAGCAAUGUGUCUCUGUAAUCCCUCAUCCCUCGUAGUCAGGCUUUAAAUAGCUGUUCUUCAGAUUAAGAAAUCAAUGCUGCACAUUAACUUUAAGCUAACAUGUAUGGAACGAACUGUAAUAAUUACUGAGUUAAUCUCUCUUGACUGCAAGAUGAUAAUAAUCAGAUGUGAAAAAGAAACUUAAUGUGGUGCAGUUUGUGUAGGAUACGCUGUACAAGAAUUUGUUAUAUGCUGUAGUACUUCAGAUUCUGUGUUGUCAAAACCUUUUUUUUUCUCCUUGUCCCUCCUUCCCAAUCUCAUCCUUAUUAGGAGUACUAUGAAGAGCCAGGAAUCCAAAGGAGUGUUCCCUCAUCACUGAAGGAACAACACAGGAAAUGUGGACAAUGCUGACAGCUGAGAGAAACAUGAUUCCCAUCAGCAGAAAAUAAAACGGAUGGGCAACAUCCCUGCAACAAUGGGCUGCAGCAGUUCUGUCCCUGACAGGAGGUCAGAGAAUGUGAUUAGAGCUGCAAUCCUCAUCCAGAAGUGGUACCGCUUUACCAUGGCCCGGCUGGAGAUGAGGCGCCGCUAUUCUCUCAGUAUAUUCCAGUCCAUCGAAUAUGCUGAUGAGCAGGAUCAGCUACAGCUAUCCAACUUUUUUACGUUCAUGCUGGAUCACUGUACUCAUCCUGAUUCAGUUUCUCAAAUUUUUACCAGCCCUAGUGCUCCUCAGGUGGUGGAUGAAGGUUUAUGUUUAAAAGAAUUUGAAAAGAAGAUAGAUGUUCCAGACUCCUAUUAUGGCCCACGGCUCUCRUUCCCCCUGACUGCUGAAGAUGCCAAUGCUCUCCUUCACGCCUUCCGGAAUGAACAGCUGCUUCAUGCCCGCUAUGUACUUCAGCUGCUCAGUGAAACCAGGAGGGUUCUUAAGGAGAUGCCAAAUAUCACCCAUCUCUCAACUUCCUACUCCAAGGAGAUAACUGUCUGUGGAGAUUUGCAUGGAAACCUAGAUGAUCUUUUGCUGAUAUUCUAUAAGAAUGGUCUGCCUUCAGAACAAAACCGCUACGUCUUUAAUGGUGAUUUUGUCGAUAGAGGGAAAAAUUCCAUGGAAAUACUCAUAAUCCUAUUUGCAUUCCUUCUCAUCUACCCCAACGAUUUACACUUGAAUAGAGGAAACCAUGAAGACUACAUCAUGAACCUGAGAUAUGGCUUCACAAAAGAAGUUUCAAAGAAGUACAAGGACCACUGGAAACAGAUUUUGUGUCUUCUGCAGGAUGUCUUUAGCUGGCUCCCCCUUGCCACUAUAAUAGAUAGCAAAGUUCUUAUCCUGCAUGGGGGGAUUUCAGACACCACAGAUUUGGAUUUCCUGAAUGCACUUGAGAGAAAUAAGUUGAAAUCUUUGAUGCGGCCACCAAAGUCAGUGAGAGACARACAGGAGCAAACGAAGAAGAGAAUUGCCCCAAGCAAAGCCAGUAAACACACUGCCAACCAGCACACUGCAAUGAAGACACAACCCAUCCAUUCAGCAGGCUCUGCUGAACCUUCGGGCUCUAAUUCACCUCCAGACCCCGCCCUGGAGGAAUGGAAACAGAUCCUCGACAUUCUCUGGAGUGACCCAAGAAGCCAGAAUGGCUGCACACCAAACAAGUGUCGAGGAGGAGGCUGUUACUUUGGUCCUGAUGUCACUGCCAAGCUCUUUGCCAGGUAUAAUCUGAAGAUGCUCAUCAGGUCUCAUGAAUUUAAGCCAGAAGGUUACGAGAUCAGUCAUGAUGGGAAGGUUAUCACCAUAUUCUCUGCCUCCAACUACUACGAGGAGGGCAGUAACCGGGGUGCUUACAUCAAGCUGAAUCCUGAGCUGACCCCGCGCUUUGUGCAGUACCAAGUCAGCAAAUUCACACGCAGGAGGAACCUGCGGGAGAGGGUAGGUACAAUUGAAUCAGCUGCCUUGAAGUCCUUACGAGAGAAGAUUUAUGCUCACAGGUCUGAACUCACCAGUGCUUUUGCACARUAUGACAUCAAUGGCACAGGCAGGAUCUCUGUCAAUGACUGGGCUGAAGCAAUGGAGUCUGUCCUAAAGCUGGAGCUGCCCUGGAGGAUGCUGCGGCCUCAGCUGGUGCAGAUGGACCCAGAUGGAGAAGUUGACUUCAUGUCCUGUUUUUAUGAUUUGAAAAUGGGUCAACCUACAAAAGAGGCUCAGCCAGCUUUGGCAGAGACYCUGUGCAGAUACAGAAAGGAUCUGGAGAUCAUCUUUAACAUCAUUGACAAAGAUCACUCAGGUUUGAUUUCUUUUGAGGAGUUCAGCCAGACMUGGAGACUCUUCACCUCUCACCUGGGCAUUGAGGUAGAGGAUGACUCCAUUGACAAGUUAAUCCUCAGCAUAGACUACAACAAAGAUGGCCACAUUGACUUCAAUGAAUUUUUAGAGGCCUUUCACGUUGUUCACAGACUGGAGAAAAAGGCAAACUCCUGAAAAGGCAACAUUUCUUGUGGGUUKUGGAAGCUCAGCUUGCUGUCAUUAGUGAUAAAUGGGCUGCUCCACAGGGUCACUGUGCAAGGCCUCAUUUAGCCCCUCCUGGAUGAUCUGUGCCUGCUGAUAAUGGGACAGAUGAGAUGAACACCCACACCUACAGCAUGACUGUGUCACACACAGAGUGCCACCACCUCACAAUUCACCCCUGUCUUGUUGGCAUCUCCCCCAUCAAUGUAACCCUGAACAUUGCCAAGGUCAUGCCCAAGCUGGGCAGGGACACACCUGGGUACAUUUGUGCCCUCAGUGACACUGAGAGCAUCCAUGACCACAAGGAACUUUGUGGUGAUACAACAGACACAAGAGGCUGGCUGUGUGCUGUCCACUGCAGGAGAGGAAUUCAGGGCAGAACCCUCUAGUUAAAGGAAGUGCUGCAUUUAAUCUUGCUCUUUGCAUGAGGCAGAGAAAUUAAAUCAUGCCAGGUCACUCUCUUGUGUGUGCCAAAAGUUUACAGGCACAACUUAAGAUGAUCUUGGCUGAAGGUGUUUACACUUGCACUAGAUUUCCUCUUGCCACUGGUUACUUUUCCCCACACUYGUUGGGAUGUGGAGCUAUGAGAUGAUCAGAAGUGUUUGUGGGAUGGAGCUGCUGAGCAACAUUACAAGAGGCAACGGGCAGCAAGUGGUGCACAGAAAUUUCACCUGAACGUGAGGAAGAACUUCUUUCCUGACCAGACCGAGCACUGAACAAUUGCCCAGAGAGGCUGUGGAGUCUCCCUCACUGGAAAUACUCCAGAACCAUCUGGAUAAARUCCUGUGCAAUGUGUAAGGGAUGGCCAUGUCUGAGCAGCGAGGUUGGACCAGAGCAUUGUGGUCUCUUCCAACAUGACCAUUCUGGGAUUCAGUGAUUCCAUGGUAAUGUCACCUUAAUGAAGGCUAAAUCCAUAGCAUGUUAAUGCAAUUCGUGAUAGAUCACWAAAUAAAGCUUUAGCUUUCUGAGUAAUGCCUAAGUGGGGUC